CGUCUACCUCCCGCUGUUCCCAUCAAUCCGGAGAACCGGAUCUACUCGUACUCCGGCUACCCGCCGCAGAUAUACCGCGGGCAUAUACUAAUCUUGCACACUUCCCCCUCUCCGGGACGGAUCGCCCCUCCUCCCACCAUCUCCUCGUGCGCCCCAAUGGCGACGGCCCUGGUGACCCGCGUGGAGUCGUGGGUGCGGAACCAGGCGGCGCGGCUGCCCCCUUGGGCGCCGCCGCUGCCCGUGCCGCGGUGGCCCUGGCCCCCGCCGCGGGCGCCCGCGUGGCCCGGGGACCGACGGCGCCAGCGGGAGCGCAUGUUCCGCGAGGAGUUCGAGCGCCGCCGCAUCCAGCUCCGCGAGCUCUGCCGCGCCGUCCGCGUCGACACCCUCGCCGAGCUCCAGGAGCUGCUCUGCGCCAUGGUCCUCGCCGAGUGCGUCUACAAGAGGCCUGUUUCUGAGAUGAUGAGAUAUAUCAACAAGUUCAAAUCUGAUUUUGGCGGAAACAUUGUUUCUCUUGAGCGUGUUCAACCGUCCUUGGACCAUGUACCACACCGAUAUCUGUUAGCGGAGGCUGGUGACACUCUAUUUGCUACAUUUAUUGGCACAAACCAAUACAAAGAUGUUAUUGCUGAUGUGAAUAUACUCCAAGGAACCAUAUUUCAUGAAGAUACUACUCAGGCUUUAGCUGAUGCCAUUGGCGCUGAGCAGAAUGGUGACCCAACUGGUGAAGAAAACCUUGGGGUACCUCAUCGAGAAAAACCAAAACAGUUGCGAAAAUCAAAACCUGCUGCACACCGAGGUUUUCUAGCUCGUGCUAAGGGAAUUCCAGCACUGGAGCUAUACAAACUUGCACAGAAAAAGAACAGGAAACUCGUUCUUUGUGGACACUCUCUAGGUGGAGCGGUAGCUGCUUUGGCUACUCUUGCAAUAUUAAGAGAAAUAUCAUCAUCAUCUCCAACGAAAGAGGCUAACAGGCUUCAGGUGAAGUGUAUCACAUUUUCUCAACCACCUGUUGGGAAUCCUGCAUUGAGAGACUAUGUUCAUCAAAGAGGAUGGCAGGACUACUUCAAAUCCUACUGUAUUCCUGAGGAUGUGGUGCCCCGUAUUCUAUCACCUGCGUACUUCCAUCACUACAAUGCACAAACAGCCGAAGCACCUUUUGUAAAUACAACUGAUGUAAAAUCUGAAGAAAAUAAUGGGACAAGUACAGAAAAGACCAAUGAGAACAACAGGGAGCAACUUGUUCUUGGUGUUGGCCCUGUUCAAAAGUCACUCUGGAGGCUUUCAAAGCUUGUUCCCUUGGAAGGAGUGCGUAAGAGUUUAAGUGUACUUCAAAAACAAGCAAAUAUUUUUGGAAAGGCAUCCACACAGUUGGAUAGUUAUUUGCAGUCAAAGGUUGAUGAAUCAGAAGAAGAGCCACAGUCUCUUGAGAUUCAAGAAGGUUCAGAAGGAAUUGCUCUUACCCCUUUAUCUGAUAAUCAUGGAGGGUGCACUGAAGGAAACAGUGGCACUGAAAAAAUUAAUGCACCUGGAGUUGGAGGUUCCAAGCGAUGGAGUAGGGUUCCUUCUUUGCCUUCAUAUGUACCGUUUGGUGAGCUUUACCUGUUGGGAGAUUCAUCAGUCAAUACACUUUCAGAUUCAGAAUACUCCAAGAUGACGUCGGUGCAGUCUGUUAUAGCGGAGUUAAGAGAGCGCCUUCAAUCACAUUCGAUGAAGUCUUAUAGAGCCCGCUUCCAAAAAAUGUAUGAUAUGUGCAUGUGUGCAAAUGCACCCCUUUUUACAGGCAUUGAGCAAUUACAACAAUUUUCACAUCUACAACAGCUACUUGGUCUGACAGCCACAGAUUCUGUUGAACUUGGCCACAUCGUGGAGCCUCCUGCUAUUAGGACUGCCACAUCUAUUCUUCCUCUUGGAUGGACUGGGCUUCCUGGUGGUAAAAGUGUCGAACCACUGAAAGUUGAUAUAAUUGGACACAAUCUGAGCAUGUGCACCCUUUUCCAGGCUCAGAUAAAUGGAAGCUGGUAUUCGACGGUCAUUGAAACCCUACCAUCGGCUACUUCUUACUCAUCAGAUCAGGAGGUGCAACCUACACUGCAAAAAAUGCGGAUUAUAGUUGGCCUUCCUCAAAAGCCGCCUCCAAAUUACACCAGUGAGGAUUUCAUGGUUCCUGUGGUCACCGGUGUUAAUUUAAAUUCAGAUAAUGGGUUUGAGUCAUUCUUUGAAGAUAAAGGUUGUUGCAAGGGUUUGAAUGAAUUUCUCAUAUAUGGCACGAGUGAUUUUGUAACAAUAUGUAAAGAGGUCUAUGUUAGGACUCGGAGAGUGCGAUUUCUUGGACUAGAGGGGGCAGGUAAAACUUCCCUAAUAAAAGCUAUGUUAGGACAAGUUAAAGAAAGAAACAAUGCAGUUCUCGAGUGCAUACAUGUAGAUAUGCAUAGCAAGGGAGUAUCAAAUGGAUUGUGCUACUUAGAUUCUGCAACAGUGAACUUGCAGGAGUUACCUUUAGAAGUUCGGCGAUUUAAAGAAGAAUUGCAGUUAGGAUUACAUGAUCUCAGCAGGAAGAUUGACCUAAUUGUUGUUGUGCAUAACCUAGCACAUCGAAUCCCGCAGUAUUACCAGUCCAAUGCUUCUGAACCUCGGCCAGCUCUUUCACUUCUCCUGGAUGAAGCCAAGAUUCUUGGCUUCCCUUGGAUUCUUGCAAUAACCAACAAAUUUGCUGUCAGCGCACAUGAACAGAACGAAUUAAUCAGCUCAGCUAUGGAAGCAUAUAAAGCUUCUCCUGAUGACACCAAAGUUGUUAACUCUACCCCAUUUUCAAUGCCAAGUGCCACAAAUAGUCUGCGGCCCAUCAGUUCAACCAGUGGCAAUUUGGAGAACAAGGACUCUUCAGGCAGAGCCACUUUUCAUCCAGUAAACUUUGUGCUGUCACCAUUUCAGAGGAAGGACAUUGUUAUGCAUGUGGAGGGUGUUACUGCCCUUCGACAACAUCUGCAUCAAGUAAUUGCCAAUAAUGAAGAACCAGCUCUUGAGGAGCUUGCUCGCGAAAGGUUGUCGCUGGAGCUUGCGAGAGAGAAGGCGGCAUCUCUGCAAGCGAAGCAGAAGCCCCUGAAACGAGAUGGAUCUGUCACAGCUGCUGCUGUAGGUGCAUCACUUGGUGCAGGCUUGGGGAUUGUAAUGGCUGUAAUAAUGGGGGCCGCAUCAGCCCUCCGGAAGCCCUAAUAUGUUUAUGUUUUCUUUUAACGUACUUUUGUUAGCAUAUAGUUCUAGUUCAUGUACUUGUAAUUGAAGAAUUCCUAGUAUAGAAGGCAGGUACUAAUUUAAGCAAGUGAAAAGAAAGGUAGAGGAGUUAGCUAGGGCCCAUUUGACUGUGUAUAGAAUAGGUUAGGGCUGUGCUGAUAGUGGUUAGGUUUAUGUUGUCUCAGUAUCACGCUGAGAUAUUUCCCACUUCAUUUUUCAUGCAUAUGUUCCAAAUUUAUUAGUCUAUCUAUACCUAUAUAUAAAAAAUUAAAAAAUACGUAAGGUUUCCUUCA